CUCAGAACUAGAGCUGAAGUAACAGUUGAAGUUAACUGUAUUUGAGCAGAAGUGUGUCAAGAUGGAGAAUGAUGAAAAUACAUAUGCCAAUUCAAGUUCCUUCAGGGCCAGCCCAAGAGAAGGAGCAAUAUAUUUCCAGAGGUGGAAGAGACCCUCCAGAGCUGCUGCAGUGUGUCUGGGGUUGCUGUGUGUUCUCCUACUGGCUGGGAUCAUUAGCCUGUCUGUCUACCAGAGAAACCAAUCGACCAGUUACAACAACCUGACUAAAGAGAGAGACCAGCUACAGAAGGAGAAAGACCAGCUACAGAAGGAGAGAGACCAGCUACAGAAGGAGAAAGAAAACCUGAACAAGAAGAUCAAAGGGAGACGCUGUCCAGAAGGCUGGAGGGAGUUUGAAUUUAGCUGUUACUACAUCACCAAUGAGAAAAAAACCUGGACUCAGAGCAGUGAAGAAUGCCAAGAGUUUGGAGCAGAUCUGGUGAUCAUAAACAGCAAAGAGGAACAGGUAUUUAUCAAUGGAUUAUACCAAACAAAAAAUAAUGUCUGGAUUGGUCUUACUGACUCAGUUACUGAAGGGACCUGGAAAUGGGUGGAUGGUACACCACUGACCACAGCGAAUUGGGAGAGAGGGCAGCCCAACAGCAACAAUGGAACAGACCAGGACUGUGGGGAGAUCUGGAAUCGUUCAGGGUUGUGGAAUGAUGAGAAGUGUUCCAUUAAAAAUAAAGGGAUAUGUGAGAAAUAGGAUCAUAGGUCCUCUCUCUGCACUGAUGUUGAAAAAGGACUAUCUAUGGUAAAAUAGUACGCUGCAUUAGACUAGGGAGAGAAAGGCACACACAAACAGACUCACGCACACAAACACACACACAGUUACCAUUUCACACAAUGAUGUACAUAUCAUUCGAUAAAUUACUUUAAGUUUUAGUUAUCCAUGACUGAAAUGACUGUAAUAGUAAUAUUGUAAAAUGUUAUUGUUCAUUUUGCUUCCAUUAAUGCUGUACAUAAAUAAGGUAUACUUUCUGCUAAUUCAAUAAACUUUACAAAAAUAUAAACGCAACAUGUAAAGUGUUGGUCCCAUGUUUCAUGAGCUGA